GUUCACCGAGCCGAACCAUCCUGGAUUUAACGGGGGGAUCGCUGGUCUGCUCGUGAACGCCGUGCACAAGCCCAAUUCUGCUGUGCAGGGGGAGGAGCUAUGUGCACUUGAGGACGCCUUCAAGUACCUGUCGAAGCAGAAGCACGAGGACUACAAGUUGAGUGGCGAGAUCAGCGUCAGCGUAUCCGGGGCCGCCGCCGAUGGUUUCGGGGAAGCUGUCGAGGCGCGAGGCUCCGCCUCCGCCUCCGGCAGGGCCGCCCGAGCCGCCAGCGGCUCUGCCGCCCCCGGCUGGGCCGCCACCGGCGCCCGCGGGUCCGCCGCCCCCGGCAGGACAGCCGCCGGCGCCCGCAGGUCCGCCGCCCGUGGCGGGGCCACUGCCGACGGCAACGCCUCCGCCGCCAUGGGCAGCGCUAUCGCCAGCGACGACGCCUCCGCCGCCGCUGGCAGGGCCGCCGCCGGCGGGAACGUCCUUGCCGCCACCGGCUGGGCCAGCUCCGAUGGCGACGUCCCCGCCGCCGCCCGCUGGGCCGCCGGCGGCGGCGGCGCCUCCUCCGCCCGCGCAUGCGCCGCCAUCGCAGACGCAGGGGCGGCACCUGGAGCUGACAUGCAGCAGCACUUCGAAUUGGAGGCUGAGGUGUUAGAGCAGGUGAAGCAGCUGGGCGACAUGCAGGCCAGGUGCGCACAAAAGGACCACACCUACAUGGUGGUCCCGGGGCUGGGUGAUGUCCAGUCUUGGGGGGUCGCAGCUACUGCCGGAGAACAUGUCGCCUGGGGCGCUCUCGCGAGCCGGGCCGCAGCCUGUGCAAACAAUCGCGUCGUUUACUGGGAAGAGGCGGGUAUUUCGUGUCGGAUGCCGUGGGUCCGCGUAUCAGAGCUGCGCGAGAAGGGCGAACGUGCGGAUGGCGACCCACGGGACUUAAAGGUGGUUCCUGGCGAGUCGUCUGUAAAAGAGUUGGCCAGAUGCAUCUCCGCCGCCUGGAAGGUCUGCUUUGAGGUGAAUGCCAGUCCCGGGGAAAAUGCGAGAGGAGGCCAUGCCCGUACUCGUGCUGGCCAGGCAGCCGGGCUCCGGCCCAUGGGCCCGCCCAGGGUUGAGUGCUUCCUGAACCGGGCGCCUUGCGUGAUGGAUGGAUUUCUGGCGCUAGCGAACAUCGAUUUCGAUGCUUUUUUGCCGUUCAGCCUCCAGGUAAGUGACGGUGGGCGGACAAAGAACUACGGGGGCACUGAGACACCUGCCGCAUGCGUAUAUGCCUUCGAAGACUCUUCUAGAGUACCGUGGCAGCACGCCGUCUUCUCCAACGCAGCGGAGCUCUUUGGCGACGGACUGCCCGUCACGUGCGACUUCCAGAUUCUGGCCCCGCCUUCGUUAUUGCGGGGCUCAGAGGCAGUGGGCACAGAGAAGAACAAGCAAUACUUUUGCCCUCGUCCUCAUAACUUGGUCAGAACUGCCCUCCGACUCUACUUCGCCGCGCCGUCGCAGACACGCGCCAUGGGGCUGUGGUUCCACCGCCCCGAGGUUUCUGCCGAUGACAACUUCGAGCUCGACUUCGCAGCCAUUGUCCUGCAACACGAGAAGAUGCUCCUCGAGCUAUGGUGCCUAUCUGAGAUAUUCGAGGGGGCGGCGGAGCGGAGCGAAGAAGCUGACAGCCCGUCGGUAACUUCAACGGACUCGGACCUGAUUUGGGACGAAAGCGGCCGGCCGUCCGCCGCGAGCACGGAGGAGUGGGCCCGCGGCUAUGCCGCGGCUUCCCCGCCUGUCCCAUUGCCUUCCGAAUCCGCGGAGUUUGCUGAUCCGGUGCUGGAGGCGGACGAGGACGGCGCCCCGUUCAUCGAGGAUGACGUCGCAGGAUUGCAGGCCGUCGAUAUCGAGCUGGCCCAGAAGCUGGAGGAGCAUCGUGGCUCCAGCCCCGUGUCCUCCGAAGACAGAGAAAAGCGGGGCGGUGGUUUCCAGAGAAGAACGCUGGAGUGGUCUCGUGAUUUAGUGGGUGAUGCGCUACUGGAGUUCCUGCGCCGCCUGCCCCCCCAGCCGGCCAAGCAUUGGCUGCCAGUGUGUUUGAUCUGGAAGAUCACCCACCUCUCGGAGUCCCAUGUGUUCACUUUUGGGCCCCGCGUCUUCGAGAAUCAGGACAUCUGGAUUCAACUCGACGGCUCCCUGGCGACCGCGUUCCGGCCCAAAUGGAGGGGCAUUCGGGGGGAAUGGGCGGGCUAUGGUGCCGACCGUGUGCACGUGCGUGCACAUGGCAGAUGGAAAGACGCCGGUGAAGAUGGCAUCGGCGCCCGUGGAGAGAACGGCUUGCAAGGCAAGGCCGCGCUGCACAGCAACAUCAUGACGGUCAUUGCCUGGCAGCCAAUGGCUUCAGAUGACGAGCUGCCCGAACAACAGAAACCCUACGAGCAGGAGCGGGCGAAUAAGCUGGGUCACAGGUGGAUCGAGUUCCAGAACGUGCAUCUCAAGAUGCCCGCUGCU